AUGACCCUCACUCAAGCUGUAUCUGCGGCAACAUGUGGGGUUUCAACAGCAGGCAUGCCACAAAGCUUGGAUCACCAGAAACCAAAGCAUUUUCACGACAAGGCCUCUUCAAUAGAGCCCUCGGGAGACCGAAUGCGUGACUUUCUCUCAUUCCUGGAUCGGAGCACAUCAGGUUCUGUAAUGUGCGAUAGUACAGCGCACACACCAUUUCAUCCCCCGGCAAACACCGCAAGCAAUGCGAAUUUAUUGUCCAGAAUAUCUGCCCUUGAAGUUGAGCUAGAAGACAAGGAGCAUAACCUGAAAGCCUUACGAGAGCUACGAGAGAGAGAAAAGCUUAAAGAGGAACACAUUAGGAAGCAGCUACAACUGCAAUUGCGAGAUGACUUAACAAAAACUACUGAAAAGUACGAGCAACACUCCAGGAGUCAGCAGCAACUCCUAGUUCAGCUACAAGAUGAGAAGAAAGACAUGGCAUCUCGAUAUCAAAGACUUGCAGAUGAAAUGCGGGAACUAGAAAGAAAGUUUGGGGCCAAGACUGCUGAACUGCACAAGCAGUACGGGCGGGAGUUGGAGAGGCAGAGAAAGGCGUUCCUUUGUGGAGAAAAGGCACGACGAGAGGCUUGGGAGCGCGAUCGAGCCCAGGAAAUCAAGGAAAUCACUAUAAGAGGGCUAGAACCUGAAAUACAGAGGCUGAUCGAAAAGCAUCGUAAUGAAAAGCGUUGCUUAGAAGAGAAACUAAAAGGAAUAGCGAAUGAGGUUCGCCCUAUUGCACCGGUUUGUAAAACGUCCAUGUGUCAGUCGUUCUUUGCCCUCGUACAAAAAGCUCUGCUCUGCGUGGUAUGGCAUAUACAGCCUGACCAUAUGAAGAAACAACUAGAGCGAGAGGUUUCAUCACAGAAAGCAAUUGUGACGCGACAGAUGGAGGAAGCUCUACAAGUCGAACGGGACCAGCAUAAGCAAGAGAUACGCCUGUUGCAGGAAAACUUUGGGGCUCAGCUGGAGAAUGAGAAGCACAUACUGCAAGCAAAACAUCAAGAAGAGGCGGCUAGGUGGGAAUCCCAGAUGAGAGAUGAGAAGAUGUCGGCGGAGGCUGCUACCACGAAAGCCCGUGAGGAGGAGCAAAUGCGCUGCAAAGAGGCAACCAGCGAGCUAAUAACGGAAAUUGAGCGUAUGCGACAGGCCCACGAAGCCGAACUUCGUCAGGCUACCGCAGCAGCAAAAGCAAAUCAAAAUGAGACCAUCAUUGCCAUGGAGGCAGCGAAGGCAGCAGCGAUACAGGAAGCCGUAGCAGCAACAAAAAAGGAGGUUGAGGAAGAGUGCCACAGGAAAUUGGAUCAUCUAUUAAAGCGUUUAAGUCAAGAGCAGCUGGAGGCCCAGACGCGAUUCGAGCGGCAAUGUAACGAAGCAGUGGCCGCGUCUCAAGACAGUGCCGAUCGGCUGAGGCAGGAAUUUACUAAGGAACGCAACAAGCUGGAAUCAGAGCUUAAGGUCGCUCACGAAAAACGGCUGGAUCUGGAGAGGCUAGUGUCGCGGUUGGAAACAGAGGCAGAGCUUAGAGAGAAGGUGAGGGCCGAGCUUCAAAUGGCCCUCGAUGAAGUGAGCGGCAGGACAAAGCAACACCGGCACGACUUAGCUGCCCAAAAGGAGUUGAUUGAGUCUAUGAGCGCCCAGCUGAGCGAAGCAAAAACAAAAAUGGAGGAAAUAAGGCAAAAAGAGGGAUUGAUGCUCGAGACCAUCGAAGCGAAAGUUAAAGAGGCUCUCUUUGCAAAGGAUCAAUCCAUACAACGACUUCAAGAUGAGCUCUCAGCCAGUAACACAAGAGUGAAGCAUCUAAAGGAUCUCAUGAAUAGACAGCGAUCAGAGUUGACUACGGGGGCUUCUCGGUGCGAUUCCUUUUCAUUAGACUCGACGGUUUCCACCUCAGCUUCUCUUCUGCCUUCAUUGGAAAAAGUGGAUACGGAAAUUGGUGCAAAAUCGCUUGUUUUAUCUAAGCAGCAAGGUGUACAGCUUAGAUCACGAUGCAUUAGAGGUCAAUCUGGAGCAAAGAUCAUUCAAGAGCAGAAAAAAGUUAAAAAGAAUGUCUCUCACUAA